UUCAGUCUUUCAGCACUUGAGUGUUAUAUUCAAUAUUGUCAUUAUUGUCAAUGCGUCAUGGCCAGUGACGACACCACCAAGAGAGAGUGUCCCGCAACAGAGUCCCCCGAGCCCGACACCGAGUACGAACACCCAAAAAUCAGAUCCAAAAACGCCAAUCGCACAACCGGAGCGUUGACAGUCGCGCAUAGACCACAGUCGUGGGCAGUAGCAAAAAGUGGUUCAAUAUUUAAAUACGGACGUAAAUUAUACGGCUAUCCAUAUCUACAUGUAUGUGCAUACACCUACAUAGCAAUACGUACGUCGGCCCAGAUACAUAUAUAAAUAUAUAUAAAUAUAUAUAUAUAUGUAUAACUGCCUAUAUUAAAUUAGAGACAAUUAUAAGUGAGCCCACCCGAAAAGCGAACCGCCAAAAUAAUGUCGACCAAUCAGAGCAACGAAGAUAAUGCCAUACGACCGCUGUGCGCUGAGCUGGCGCUGAAGGCGCAACAGGAGCUGGGUGAGGUGCCCGAACGUGUGCCCGAGGACGUUGAGACGGUGCGCACAUGGAUCUCAAAGCAGCCGCAUCUGAAGGCACGCCAGGAUGCGCAAUUUCUGGUCGCCUUUCUGCGCGGCUGCAAAUAUAGUCUGGAGAAGACCAAGCUCAAGCUGGACAACUUCUAUGCCAUGCGUGGCGCGGUGCCGGAGCUGUACAAGAAUCGAUUUGUGGGCGAGAAACAGCUCAACAUAAUCAAAACUGCCUGCCUACUACGCCUACCCCAACCACUGCAGUUGGACGGUCCGCGCAUACAUAUCUCACGCUAUGGCCAAUACGAUUCCAACAAGUAUUCCAUUGCGGAGGUCAUGCAGGUUAACACCAUGCUCGGCGAGAUCCAAAUACGGGAGGAUGACAAUGCGAUGGUCUGUGGUUUCGUGGAGAUUAUUGACAUGAAGGGCAUUACCACCGGCCACAUGUUCCAAUUCGAUGCGGUGCUGAUCAAGAAACUGGCCGUGCUGGGCGAUAAGGCGCUGCCCUAUAGACCCAAAGGUUUCCACUUUAUCAAUGCACCAACCAUGGCCGAGAAGGCAAUGUCCAUAGCCAAGAGUUUAAUGAGCGAAAAGAUACGCAAGCGGUUCCAUAUACAUUCUAAACUGGAAACACUUUACAAGCAUGUGCCCAAGGAAUGCCUGCCCAUUGAAUAUGGCGGCACCAAUGGCAAUAUACAGGAUGUUGUCGAUAUCUGGACGCAAAAGCUGUUGGACUAUACGGACUUCUUCCAACAGGAUGCGAUAUAUGGUACAAAUGAGAAACUGCGACGCGGACAGCCCAUCAAUUCCGAAACACUUUUCGGCAUCGAAGGCUCCUUUCGCAAAUUGGACAUUGAUUAGUUUAUACAUUUGAUACUAGUACAUAUUUUAACAAUAAAUAAUUAUUUUUUUAA